GGCAUCAGUUGUUAACACUACUGCACCAUGAACACUAAGGUACUUCUCCUGCUGGCUGUGGUGGCCGUCGCUGCCGCAGACAAACUCCCCGCGACGGGUUAUGGAGCCCCGCCGGCCUCAUCCGAAGAGCACGAGCCUCCCAAGUAUGCCUACGAAUUUGCAGUGCAAGAUGGAGAAUCUGGCAACGACUUCGCCGCACAGGAGAGCCGCGACCUCGACAACACCAAGGGGUCGUACACUGUGCAGCUUCCCGACGGUCGCCUGCAGACUGUGACUUACUACGUGGACGGUGACUCAGGCUACGUGGCCGAGGUCAGCUACCAGGGUGAGGCUCAGUACCCCGACUCUGAUGAGGUCAAGUCCUACGCCCCACCCAGACCCACUUACAGCGCCCCCUAAGUUAGUGGAGACUACCGUGUGGCCACCACCAGGAUGCCACCUCGACCCACCAACAACCACGUACACUCUACCACUGUUACGAGCCUACAGUCAAAUGAACUAGAAAAUUAUUCUUUAAAGGAAUAAUUUUCAAAACGAUAUAGACCUAUGAUUUGUGAUGUUCAAGUUUUUUUAAAUCAGUUUAAUGACUGAUCUCUUCCAUGUUCUUAGCUUUCACCUUUAUUGUCAAUGCUUGUUGAUUGUGAAUGUCGUCAUAAACUAUUUAUUAAACUUUACGCUAUUUAAA